UUCAAUUUCUAUGAUAUGAUAUGAAAGAGAGGUUAUGAAGACAUUAUCCAUCAAAACAAAAACAGUUCCAAAGAGGAAUUAAUCUUUUGGCAAUACAAAGAAUGGAUAAAAAACAUUUGUUCGUUACUGUAGGGACUACAAAUUUUAAUAGGUUAAUAACUACAUUAACUAGUGAAACUGUUUUAAAUACCCUAACGAAAUUGGGGUACAAAUCUAUUCAAUUCCAAACUGGAACUGCCGAUUUCACCAAAGUUUCAAAUGAAUCGAUUGAAAUUAUGUACGAAAAUUUUUUCGAAGAAUUCGUGGAACAGAUACGUAAAAGCGAUUUAGUUAUAAGUCAUGCCGGAGCAGGUUCCUGUUUGGAAGUGCUGCAAUGUGAAAAGCCUUUGAUCGUUGUAAUCAAUGAAGAUUUAAUGGAUAACCAUCAAAUUGAACUAGCUGAACAUUUAUCAAAACAAGGACAUUUAUACUAUUGUACAUGUGAAACUCUAGAAGAGACACUCUUAAAAGACCUGAAAUCUCUUAAGCCAUAUCCAAAAAUUGAUGAAAAUACUUUUGGGAACUAUCUGAAUGGUAUAAUGCGACUUCAAAAGCCUCCAGCCCAGAUGAACUGAUAACCAGUUCAUCUUAGGUAUGAAUUGUGAAAUUUACUUCUGGUCAAUGUAUUUUUUCAAGAAACAUUGUUUCAGCAUGUUUCAACUAAAAUGAAAAUUUAUACUUAUAUUCUUUUCAUAUUUUACCAUGUAACACAGGUGUCGCUAAGUAGAGCAGCUGGACCUGCCUAAAAAUCAGUCACGAAACACUGAAAUCAUAUGUAUGCUUAGGGGGUUGUUCGGUCCU